AUCGAUCAACGAAAUAGACAGCAAUGUAUAUACUGUACUCGAGUAACAAGCGAGAACGAGAAAAAAAGUAAAAACAAAAUCUAAAGUGCCGGUUUGACUUGCCACUUCUCCUUCCACUAACCCAUACUUUUCUUGAUUCCGCUCUCUUCGAUACACUGGGCGUGACGAAGGUUUGUGGGGUUAAGCGAGGCGCGGUGAGGUAGGUGUGUUAAGGUUAAGGUUACUGAAUAUCCUAUGCCAUCCUCUCAUCGUAUCAUUCGUAUCUCUGGCAUGUAUCGUAUGUACACCAGGUAUUAGGUAAUAAAUGCCCGGUACAUGUUAUUUGUUCCGAGGUUCUGGGUCGAGAUUCAAACCCCUCUCUCCUGUUUGGGGGAUCGGUGGUCUGUUUUGGGAUGGGUGAUGCUGGGGAAGACGAGGGACUAGGCUGGAUGGGGAGGAUUUUCCGUUCGCGUUUGACUAGUGCGCUGUACUGUGGCGUAGGAGAUGGGCAUCUUGUAACGGGAAUCGCGUGAGUUGUUGGGAGGGAAGGAGGGGAGAUUUGUGUUGAGGGAUGAUGGGUCUAGCUAUUGCUUAUUUGCUAGGGGGAUGGGUAGUCGUGAUGUGGAGUUGGAUGUGGGCAUUGCAUGCCAUGCUCUUGCAAGGAAAGUUCCCCAGAUCUGCAAGCCAUGAAUGGUGUUUGGACUCUGGAGAAGACCGUCCGGGGAAGGGGACGCUAUUGCAAGUUUGCAAUGUGCAAUCUGGAGAAUGAGAAUGCACACGGCAGGCUUUGGGAUGGGGCUUGCAUGGCACGGAUCUGCGCGUGGAGAGUCUAGGUAUUGCUGUUGCGAUGAUGGAUGCGUGCUCAGUUUGAAAGUGUAUAUAAUAACGCAACCGCCGGGUCUUGAAUGUGCGGGAUUUUCAUUUUCAUUUCUUCUUCUUCUUGAGUCGGGAAGCUUGCAUUUUUCUUUUCUCUCCUAAUGCUAUUGUGCUGCAUCGCUUUCAACGGUUGAUAGUCAGUCGUCUUGAUAACCUAUUCCAUCUCAUCUCAUACUCUUGGCUUUCACCUAGGAAAACAUCACAUCCUAUCUAAUCAUGUCUUCACUCGAUACCUCACACGAUGAUAUCCAUCACGACAAACCAUACGUGCAACACGUCGCCGGUGGACCCGAUCUAUCCCGUCAAAUAACUCUCCAAUUAAACACCGAUCAAUACGAACGACUAUUCUUCCAGCCCUCAUCCGCCAAAGGUGAUCUGGUCAAACGACUCGGAAACCCCACCCUCCUCGGCCUCCUCGGCUUCCUCGUCCCCUUCUCCUCCACCGUCUUCUCGCUCCUCACCUUCCAAGGCUCCUCCACCUCCUCCCUCGUCUCCGUCAGCGGAACCUUCUACAUGUUCGGCGGCAUCGCCAUGAUCAUCGCGGGCAUCUGCGAAUUUGUACUCGGCAACUCCUUCCCCUUUUCCGUCUUCAUAAUCUUCGGCGUGCACUGGGUCUACAACGGAUACCUCAACGAUCCCCUGCACGGCAUCGCCGCCUCCUAUGCCAACACCGUCAACGGCGUCGCGGUGCCCGGCGCUCUGAGUCAGGAAUACAAUGCCGGACAGGGAAAUUACGCCGUCGUCAUGGCACUCGUCUGUUUCGUCUUCCUCUGCGCCAGUCUGAGAACCAACGUCCCGUUUGUAAUCGUAUUCUUCACCUUGAUAUUCGUUUUUGGUUUUUUCGCAGGCGGUUACUACCAAUUGGGAUACAAUCCCUCCGAAGCGGGCUUGGAGAAUGCAACGCACAUGUUUAAGAUUGCGGGCGGAUUUGGAUUUGUGACUAUAAUAAUGGGAUGGUAUCUGGCCGUCAUCACAUCGUGUGCCACGACGGGCGUGCCAUGCCCAUUACCGAUCUUCGACUUGAGCUCCAAGGUCUUUUUCCGCAAUAGGGAAGCUGCCAUGACAGAACAUGCGGGUGCUGUUAGGACUGAUAUGGUUUAGGUGUGAGAAUGAGAUGCGGGUCUGCUUGACAUGAGGAAAUGCUGAGCGGGUGUAGCCUGCGUUGAAUUGUAUAUGAUCAAUAUAUAAGGACUAUGUGUUAAUGAAGAAACUAAUGAAGGUUGGAUGUAUGUAUAUAUGGAUAGUCCUUCUAUAUUAAAAAUUGACCCAAUUUGAGUAAUAAAUAAACAUAUUGAUAAUCUAUUCCGAUCAGAACAC